CGUCAUCUUGACGAUACCCCGAAGUCUGGCCCCAAUCGCCAGUUUGAGCAGUUUGAGCAGAUCUCGUGAAGUUGCGCGAGAAGUCUACAGCAGACUACUACUCAGACAGACAGACAGUUGCAACAGCAUGCAGCUCGCAACAGCCAGGCGGCUCUCACUGCGCGCGCCGGCGUCACUAUCAGCAGUCACCGCGACGCACGCGCAUCGCCAGCGAUCUACUCGCCCACACACAUCCCUCUCGCUCGACGAGCAAUGCAGCAGGCCCCUCAGGCUGUAUUCCACGCGCGAUCGCUCUGGUGAGGGUUUUUCCAACACGUACUCGCCCGGCGGCAAUCCCAGCGGCCCGCUAUUUAACCGCCCGCCAUCACCAAACGCAAGCGGAUCGAUCUCGUCGCCGCCGUACGCGCCAUACUCGGCGCUCGACGACGGGCUUGGAGAGCGCGGUUCUGCGGGCGGAGGAGGAGGCGCGAGCGGGCGUGGUGCGUACGGUGGAGGCAGGUUUAGCUCGAUUAAAGGAGGCUCGGUGCUCAGUCCGCGCGCGAUCAAGAAGCAUUUGGACGAUUAUGUGAUUGGGCAGGAUCGAGCAAAGACGGUGAUUUCGGUCGCGGUGUUUAAUCAUUAUCUGAGGGCGCAGAGUAUCGAGGACCGGAGGAUGAGGAUCAGGAAAGAGUUCGAUAGUCGGCUGCGCAGGGACGCGGCGCCGUUUCAGCAUCCUUUGUUCACGGAGGAACGCGAUGCGAUGAUGCGUGAGUCUUCUGCGGAUGACGAGUCUGAGCCAACGCUGGAGAAAACAAAUGUGCUGCUGCUCGGCCCGACUGGUAGUGGCAAGACCCUGCUGAUGCAGUCAGUGGCCAAGAGCCUCGACGUGCCGUUUGCUAUGGUCGACUGCACGGCGCUGACGCAGGCAGGUUAUAUCGGCGAUGACGCUGAUAUCUGUAUUCAGCGAUUAAUGGCCAAUUGCGACUACGACGUCGAGAAAGCUGAAUUCGGGAUAGUAGUCCUUGACGAAUGCGAUAAGCUAGCAAAGCCAGCGCGCCAGGGUGUGUUUGCGACAAAAGACAUUGCCGGCGAAGGAGUGCAGCAGGCGCUGUUGCAGAUGCUGGAAGGCUCAAACAUCACAGUCAAGCGGUCCACGGGGAACAUGUCGCAGGGGAAGGAGACGUUUGUGGUAAAUACGACGAAUAUUCUAUUUGUCUUGUCUGGUGCUUUUGUGGGGUUGGAUGAGAUCAUUGGGGAACGAAUUGGCAAGAAACAGUCGCUGGGCUUUCGUACUCCCGGAGCCGACUUGCAGCCACCGAAAUCGACAGACGAAAUUGCGAAAGAUAAAGCGACGAUCUUGAACCACGUCCAGACCGAAGACCUCACGAGAUUUGGAAUGAUCCCGGAGUUGAUUGGCCGAAUCCCCCUUGUCUCGCCCCUCCUCCCCCUGUCAGAAUCAGACAUGAUUCGAAUAAUCACCGAGCCCAAAAACGCGAUCCUCAAACAGUACGAGCAUUCGUUCCGCAUGUUUGGCGUCGAGCUCAAGUUCACCACGCCGGCGAUGCAAGCGCUCGCGCGCCUCGCGCUCAAGCAGGGCACGGGUGCGCGCGGUCUCAAAUCGAUAAUGGCGCGUCUGCUGCUGAACGUAAACUACGAGCUUCCCGAGUCGUCGAUCAAGUACGUGCUCGUGACGGAAGCCGUGGUCGAGAGCUUUGCGAGCUCGGGAAAUAACGAGGGUAGCGUGAAGCCGCUUUAUUUCUCGAGAGGCGAGCAGUACCGGUUCAUCAACGAGCUCACGAGCGAGAAUGAACGCAGCGCGAAGGUGAGCGAGAUGACGGAUGCGGAGGCGGGCGAGAGUGGUGAGGAGAUGUUUAUUGAGCAUCAGGAUGAAUCUGGAAUGCGUCGCGUAGGAUUCGUUGAGUAGCCUCUUCUUCUCUAUCUUUUUUUGUUAUUCUUUCGUGCGUUCUGGUUUUGGAUGAUAUGGGAGUUGGAGAAGGAGGAGCAUCAACGAAUGGCGUUGACCAAUAUUUAAGACAACGGUCUUCUGAACAGAUUUGUUUCUCUUGUAUUUGUUUGUUCUUGUAGUCUGUUUUGCUAGUCUAUGCUUUGUUUGUUUGCUGCUGUCUGCUUUUAUUUGAUUAACGGUUGGUUAUCGGUUUCUAAUACACAUGGUGACAAGGACACGGUUCUCUCUUUUUACUCUCGCUUCUCAUUUAUAUUUAUUUGUUUCACAUCACGUUAAUGAAAUUACUUGCAUUACUUUU